AUGGUUAAAGUCGCUAUUAUCAUUUACUCACUAUACCACCACGUCUACGAAUUGGCAUUAGCAGAGAAAGCAGGUGUUGAAUUGGCUGGUGGUCAGGCCGAUAUUUAUCAAGUGGCCGAAACAUUGCCCGAUGUUGCUUUAGAGAAGAUGCAUGCUCCCCCUAAGCCUGAUAUUCCUAUUGCCACAACGGACACCUUGUUGAAGUAUGACGCUUUUCUUUUCGGUAUCCCAACAAGAUUUGGAAACUUUCCAAAUCAAUGGAAAAACUUUUGGGACCGGACUGGUGGCAUUUGGCUGAAACAGGAAUUGAGGUAUAAAUACGCUGGUGUGUUUGUUUCUACUGGUACUCUUGGGGGUGGCCAAGAGGCAACAGCAAUCAAUUCCCUCAGCACUUUGAUCCACCACGGUAUUAUUUAUGUUCCUUUUGGUUAUGGCUACGCUGAUAUGACCAACUUGGAGGAAGUUCACGGUGGAUCACCUUGGGGUGCAGGCACAUUUGCCGGAGCCGAUGGAUCACGCAAGGUGACGGAGUUAGAGAAAGGAUUUGCAAAGCAACAGGGUCAUGAUUUUUACAAAGUUGUUGCUAAAGCUUUAUAA